CCCCCAAAAAGUUUGAAAAUGAUUUGCAAUAACUUAGGGAAUUAUAGUACAGAAUUAGCUUGAAGGUAUCAGAAUAAAAGGUUCCUUUAUCCUGGUAUAGAGCACAAUCCCAACGAGAUCCCAACUCUUAAGAAAUCUAUAGAUAUGUACUGAAUAUUACUAGUGGCCGUUUCUGGUAGUAGGAUUCUAGAGUCAUACGUUCAUAAAUAUUCUGUAAUUUAUAAAUACCAUAAUAAAUAGAAAAGGUAGCUAGCCAAAAAUGACUUGUGAGAUUCCGCUAUGCCCCUCUCCCCCACCCCCCAAUGCCACGAUUUCCAAGUGGACUCCCAUCAAACCGAGCCCAUGGCUCUUCCUCAGACAGAGAACCCCACUGGGCCCCCAGAGGCCACGUCCCCUUGACUGUGAUCCAGCCCCAAAGCAUAAACGUUUUCACUUUCUCGAGGGGGAAACAAAAAAGAAGCAGAAGGUUGUCACCACCGGCGCUGACCAUCAUGGAGACGCAGGGUGCUCAGCAAGAGGCCUCCAAGCCUUCCAGCCGCAGCGAUUCCAUGGCAGAACCCCGGCUUUGGGUGAUCCAGGCUGUGCGAGAGGAGGACGUGGAUGGGCUGCGGCGGCUGCUGGAGGGAGGAGCCGACGCCAACGAGAGCGACGAGUGGGGCUGGACCCCGCUGCACAACGCGGCGGAGUGCGGCCGGCAGGACCUGGUGGAGCUUCUGCUGCGUUAUGGCGCCGAGCCUGCGCGCAGGAAGAGGAACGGGGCCACGCCCUUCAUCGUGGCGGGCAUCGGCGGCCAUGUGCAUCUCCUCCGGCUGUUCCUGUCUAGGGGCGCGGAUGUCAACGAGCGUGACUCGAAUGGCUUCACGGCCUUCAUGGAGGCCGCCUGGCACGGCCGGGUGGAAGCGCUGCGGUUCCUCUUCGCGCAGGGAGCGGACGUGAAUGCGAGCCGAGAGACCCAGGAGGACCGCAGGCCCCUGAGGGGCGGCGGGGCCACGGCGCUCAUGGACGCGGCGGAAAGGGGCCACGUGGAGGUGGUGAGGAUCCUCCUGGAGGAGAUGGGGGCCGACGUCAACGCCCGGGACAACAUGGGCAGAAGCGCCCUGAUCCACGCUCUCCUGGACGGCGGCGAGCAGGCGGAAGCCGUGGCCGGGCUCCUGCUGGACCACGGGGCUGACGUCCGGGUGAGAGGCGAGCAAGGGAAGACGCCGCUGAUCCUGGCGGUGGAGAAGCGACGCCUGGCGUUGGUGCGGAUGCUUCUGGAACAGGACGCCUUGGAGAUCGAUGACACGGACCACGAGGGCACCACCGCCCUGCGCGCGGCCGUGGAGCUGGGAAGCCGGGAGAUGGUGCGCGCCUUGUGCGAUCGCGGGGCCAGCGUGAGCUGCGGGGAUCUGAUGAGGAUCGCCAGGCGGCAUUACGACCAGGCCCUCGUCAAGCUUCUCCGCGAGUACGGGGCCCAAGAACAUGUCCACCCUCCUGCGGAGGACUGGGAGCCGCAGAGCUCACACUGGGGAAGAGCCCUGAAGAGCCUCCACCGGAUAUACCGCCAACCCAUCGGCAAGCUGAAGAUCUUCAUGGUGGAGGAGUAUAAAAUCGCGGACACGUCGAAAGGGGGCAUCUACCUGGGGUUCUACGAGGGCCGAGAGGCGGCUGUGAAGCUGUUCCCCGAAGGCAGCCCAGAGGCGCGCCAGGAAAUGGCCUGCUUGCGAAGCUGCCGCGAGAGCAGUCACUUCGUGACGCUCUACGGAAGCGAGAGCCACAGGGGGUGCGUGUACGUGUGCAUGGCCCUCUGUGAACAGACCCUGGAAGAGCGCCUGCAGGGGCGCCCAGAGGAAGGCCUGCAGAGUCGGGAAGACGCCCUUGCCCCCAAUACCCUACUGUCGAUCUUUGAGGCUGUGCGAGAUUUACACGUGUCUCAUGGAUACACUCACCAGGAUCUGCAGCCACGAAACUUCUUAAUAGAUUCCAAGGAUGCAGUUCGCCUGGCAGAUUUUGAUCAGAGCAUUAAGGGGACUGGAGAUCCACAGGAAAUCAGGAGAGAUCUAGAGGCCCUUGGACGGCUGGUCCUCUAUGUGGUAAAGAAAGGAGAGAUUCCUUUUGAGACACUGAAGGGUAAAAAUAAUGAAGAAGUGGUUCAACUUUCUCCAGAUAAGGAGACUGAGGAUCUCAUUCGCCACCUCUUCUAUCCUGGGGAAAACAUGACAGACUGUGUUGGUGACCUGCUAGGUCAUCCCUUCUUCUGGACAUGGGAGAAUCGGUACAGGACACUUCGGAAUGUGGGAAACAUAUCCGAUAUCAAAACUCGAAAAUGUACAAGUGAGAUCUACAGGCUACUGCAUUCUGAUCCAUCUGUAUCUUACAGCUUUGACAAGUGGACAUCUAAGAUUGAUAAGCAUGUUAUGGAAAAAAUGAAUAAGUUCUAUGCUAAAAAAAAUGGCAACGUCUAUCAGGACAUUGUGGGUGAUCUGUUAAAGUGCAUCCGGAAUUUGGGAGAACACAUCGAUGAGGAACAAAAUAGAAAGAUAAAGGAGACAAUUGGAGAUCCAUUCUGCUAUUUUCAGAAGAAAUUUCCAGAUCUAGUGAUCUAUGUCUAUAACAAACUAAAGAACACAGAAUAUAGAAAGCAUUUUCCCCAAACCAACAAGCCAGCCCAGCCUCAGUGUGUAAGAGGUGUCAGGGUGGGUGAGCCCUGAGUGCUGACAGUCUCUCAUGCUCAGGGAGAUAAUGAUUAGCUGUGUAGUUCUUGAUAAGUUGCAACUCUCUGGGCCCAACCAAGCUGUUAGUUUAUGAAGGAUCAGCCAGAUAGCUGAUGUGUCUUUCUGGCACACUGUGUUCAAUAUACAUUUAUAACAAAAGCAAGCAAUGACACUAGUCCAUUUUAGUGGACCAGUUAGCUUCCUGACUGGAACUAGAAGGGAAAUCGAUGAUUCCUUUUGUCAACGCAUGAAAGGAGUGAGUGCCAACACCUCAAAGAUGGCAUGUUUUACAACAAUUAUCUCAAGCAAUUUUUCCAAUAGCCUUGCAAAACAGAAUUGAUUAUCCCCAUCAAAGAAACAGAGGCUCAGAGAGUAUGACAUUUUUUUUUGCCCCAGACCAGAUAAUUACUAUUGAAUGCUAUAUAAAUGGAUGUGGUUAUUGUUAUCUUCUAGUUGGACAUUUUUAAAAUUUAAUUCAAAGUUCAAGAUCUUUCUGAUUGGAACCAAAAGAACAUGGCAGAGGGUUCCAGGAAGCUCAUUCAUUUAUUAACUCAACAUUUGUUGAGUAUCAGUAGAAGUCUAGGCAUUACUUGCAUGACUUUUAUUCCUUUACUUUCCAUGACUUUUAUUCCUACACUGGUUUUCUAUGCUCUCAAGACAGUAAUUCUCAACUGGGGGCAUCUGAAAACAAUUUUGGUGUCACAGAUGGGGGCUGGAGGGAAUGGCCCUUCUGGCACUGAGAAAGAAUGAUGCAAACAAUGAUGUAAGUAGUAUGCAAUGAGGUAAACAAGACAAUGCUACAACACCAAAUUGUUCAGUGGUGCUAAGGUUAAGAAAACUUGUCUUAUGAGCUCAGGACUCCAGACCAUGGUGUCUCGAGCAGUGACCAGGCGCAUUUUUUCUACUGGGUUUGUAAUGAGGCUUUGCCAUCCGAUGUCCGUCACUAAAAGAUGUCCAUCUUCACAGCAUUCUCAGUGCUGUCUGUAGGUUACUGAUGUAGUACCCACAGCCACAUCAGAGCAUGCUUAUCUCCACCUCAUGGUUUUGGUUUCUCCACUGAAAUGGAAGCUUCUUAGGGCUAAAGACUAGUUUUUGAACUUAUCUCUUCACUGCUCAGUAAAAUAAUUACUCUCUCUCUCUCUCUAUCUCUCUAUUUCUCUAUCUAUUUUUGUUCCAGACUGGGGCUUGAACUCAGGCCCUGCACACUG